UAGAGCUCUUUGGGCUAGAAGCGCGUUCUCUUAACUCCUCAGACCGUGAUUCCUCGGUCACCUCUGACUGAAUCAACGACGGAUCCAGUUCAGAGUUCUUUAGUCCCGAGGAGCAUCUAUCUACAUCAUGACGGACACUACGAGAUUUGAGCAUUUUGGAUUAAGCGCAUUCUACAACAAUAUCCCAACCCUUGAUAAUGCCGGUGACUGGUUCCAAUGGAACAAGAAGGUCAACGAGUUUAUUCGAAUCUCUCCCGUUGCCGACGAUGGAGUGGCCCCACCAAUGGAGGAGGACGAGGCGCGACAAUGGACCCAUCGCCAGAAGUUCUACUCGGCGAUGGUCACAGCGAAACUGACCCACAAUGCGGCCCAGAGGAUCAACGCCUCUGAGAUCUCACAGGUCCAGCUGCUCAUCAAGGCUGUCAAAAACCAUUUCAAACCGGAAGGCACCGGCACAUACGUGAACCUCCAGCGACGGUAUAUGUCCCUCACGAGAGAAAAGUGUGGGAGCGCCCAAGCGUUAGGCGCUGAGAUCCGGAAAUAUCAUGCUGAAAGGCUCCUCCUGGACCCCGACUGUGUUACCUCCGAGAUUGAGCGAACAUUCUUCUUCUUGCACGCACUGGGCCCCGAGUACGAGAGCUUUCGUGACCACAUCUUUCGACAAAUGGAUCUUGUCAAUGAAAGGGGCGCCAACGGUGCCGUUACGAAAGCGGCACCCACGUUCGACUAUAUCGAGAACAAGGCCAUUGAGGAAGAACAUCGGAAGGGACAGUUGGGCAAACAACCCGUCGACGGGCACACGCUGCCUGCCCUCGCUCUCAUCCGCGGGCCCGGCGGCAAGAAACUCAUACCGUCACUGGGCGGGACAACAUGUCGAAUCGAGAUCGAUAACGUCCCAUACUGCUCCUUCUGUCGGAAACCCUAUCACGCGGACUUUGAAUGCUUCCGCAAGAACACCAAACGGAAGGGUCAGACAAAAGACGAACGGGGCCACAAAGAAAAACCAGGCAGCUCACAUACAGGCGCCCGCAAGCUAUUGAAGCGACGGGCCUCCACUGAUGAUGAAGAUGACGAUGUGGCUGGCCCAAAGAAUCCAAAGAAGCCCACCUUCAUAGCGACUCACGUGUCCAAAGAAGAUGUCAAUCAAGCAUUCGGAAGGGAUGUGGAAGGGAACCUCGCCCUGCUUGAUCACAUCCCCUCCAUGAAUGCUACCAAAACCCUGCCGAUCCGUGAUGCGUGGAUCGUCGACAGCGGAUGUGCUCAGCACGUCUGCAAUAGCAUCUCGAGGUUUAUACAAAUGGACAAGUACUAGUACCCCCACUGAGGAGCGUCGAUGCCUCCACGGCUCCCUCAGGCGUGGGAACAGUAAACUUCCUGUGCAAUGUGCGCGGCCGCAGGAAGUGGCUGGUGCUCGACAACGUCCUCUACGUCCCGUCUGCGCACGCAAACCUGAUAUCGGUGCUCCAGCUUC